AUGUUCAUAAUUUUCAGUCAAUACAGGAAAACCAAAGAAGUUAUAACGAUCACUCGCCCUCAUGCUAUAUCCGAGUACAACACCUACAUCAGAGGAGUUGAUAUGGCGGACAGAUUGAUAGCACAUUACCCUCAUGGCAUCACGUCUAAGAAGUGGUACCUUAGAGUAUUCUUUCACCUCUUAAAUGUGUCCCUAGUGAAUGCCUGGUUGUGCUACAGGAAAUCAGUUGAUGGAAAAAUGGACUUGUUGUCUUCCAAAUCAUCUGUAGCCAACACCCUCAUUGCGAAAGGGUUAUGUGACACGAAGAAGAGAGAAAGGCUCUCGUCAAUGUCUCCUAACAACACUCCACCUCUUAAGAAAAAAAAUAACCAGUAA